CCGGGAGGCCCCUGGAGGCGACAGUGCGCAGGCGCUGCGGGCGCUGCCAAGUGAAGUAGCAAUGGACGCUUUGGAGUCGUUGUUGGAUGAGGUGGCCCUGGAGGGGCUCGACGGCCUGUGUCUGCCCGCGCUGUGGAGCCGCCUGGAGACACGCGUGCCACCUUUUCCGCUGCCUCUGGAGCCCUACACGCAGGAAUUUCUGUGGCGGGCCUUGGCCACGCACCCAGGCAUCAGCUUCUAUGAGGAGCCUCGGGAGAGACCCGACCUCCAGCUGCAAGACCGCUAUGAAGAAAUUGAUCUGGAGACUGGAAUUUUGGAGUCCAGGAGGGACCCGGUUCCUCUGGAGGAUGUCUACCCCAUUCAUAUGAUCUUAGAGAAUAAGGAUGGCAUCCAGGGCUCCUGCCGGUACUUUAAGGAGAGGAAAGACAUCACCAAUGACAUCAGGACCAAGACUAUGAAGCCUCGUUGCACGAUGCUGGAAGCCUUCAGCAGAUGGGGGAAGAAGUUGACCCUCGUUGCCUCACAGGACAUGCGGUACCGGGCCUUGAUAGGCUUGGAGGGGGACCCUGAUCUUAAGCUCCCCGACUUUUCCUACUGCAUUUUGGAGCGAUUGGGCCGGUCCCGGUGGCAAGGGGAACUCCAGCGAGACCUGCACAGCUCCGCUUUCAAGGUGGAUGCUGGGAAGCUGCACUAUCACCGGAAAAUCUUGAACAAGUGCGGUCUCAUCACCAUGCAGUCCCAUGUGAUCCGCUUGCCCACUGGCGCCCAGCAGCACUCCAUUCUCCUGCUGCUCAAUCGCUUCCACGUUGACAGGCGGAGCAAAUAUGACAUCCUCAUGGAGAAGCUUUCGGCCAUGCUGACUUUGCGCCCCAACCAGAUGGAGACGCUGGGCAAGCUGCGGGAAGAGCUGGGUCUUUGUGAGAGGACUUUCAAGCGUCUGUACCAGUACAUGCUAAAUGCAGGGCUGGCCAAGGUGAUCUCGCUCCCGAUGCAUCAGGUGCAUCCUGAAUGCGGACCAUGCAAGACCAAGAAAGGGACUGAUGUGAUGGUGCGUUGCCUCCGGCUGCUGAAGGAGUUCCGGCGGAAGAUGGAGGAUGAUGACGAUGAUGAGGAGGCCAUCUCCAAGGCUGUGCCCCCUGUGGACGUGGUGUAUGAGCGGGACAUGCUCACGCAGACCUACGAGCUCAUUGAGCGCAGAGGCACCAAAGGAAUUUCCCAAGCAGAGAUCCGCGUGGCUAUGAAUGUGGGCAAGCUGGAAGCCAGGAUGCUGUGCCGCCUUCUGCAAAGGUUUAAAGUUGUCAAGGGAUUUAUGGAAGAUGAAGGGCGGCAGCGUACCACCAAGUACAUCUCAUGUGUGUUUGCGGAGGAGAGCGACCUGAGCCGGCAGUAUGAGCGCGAGAAAGCACGGGGCGAACUCCUGACCACUGUGAGCCUGGCGUCCAUGCCGGAGGAGGUGCUGCUGCCCGAGGCUGAGGACGCCUUUCUUUCCGAGUCUGACAGUGAAGAAGAGGGCAGCAGCAGCAGCAAGCGGAGAGCCAGAGGGGAUGCCAAGGCUGCUUCCUGGAGCCAGCCACAUCACUCCACCCCCACCAAGGGUGGGUGGAAGAUUCUAAACUUGCACCCGCUAAAGAAGUUGCCAGCCACAGCCACCCCAAGCUCUACAGAGAGAACCUUCCAGAACGUGGUCAGUGGGGACAGCUUCCUGGACAGCAGCAGUUCUUCGGACCCCAACGCAUCCUUUGGCUCACACUGCAUGGAAAGUAACCUGGGUGACAUUGCUGUCAUUGAGGAGGUCCGGCUGGAAAACCCCAAGGAUGGCAGCGGUUCCCAGAAGUCAGGGAAGCAAGGCCAGGACAAGCCCCAUGAAACAUACAGACUGUUGAAGCGCAGGAAUCUCAUCAUUGAGGCCGUCACCAACCUGCGCCUGAUCGAGAGCCUCUUCACAAUCCAGAAGAUGAUCAUGGACCAGGAGAAGCAAGAGGGUGUGUCCACCAAAUGCUGCAAGAAGUCCAUUAUCCGACUGGUGCGGAAUCUGUCAGAGGAAGGUCUGCUGCGCCUGUACCGCACCACUGUCAUCCAGGAUGGCAUCAAGAAGAAGGUGGACCUAGUGGUGCACCCAUCCAUGGACCAGAAUGACCCUCUGGUGAGGAGUGCCAUCGAGCAGGUCCGCUUCCGGAUCUCCAACUCCAGUACAGCAAACAGGAUUAAAAUGGUGCCACCUCCAGUACCACUAGGAGAGGCUGAGGAGGAAAGUUCAGAGAGAGAAGGCCCGAGCCAGUCAGGAGACACAUUACCAAAUGUGGCCUCCAAGUUUGAUAGUGGCCGGGUAAAAAAGAUGGAUGAGAAGAUGGGCAUCACCCAGCUGAAGAACUACAACCCCAUCAUGGGUGAGGAGCUGCCCAAGUCGGGCAUGGCUGGCAUGAACCCUAUUGUGGCUGAUGUGGCCCCUGUGGCUGUCCCUGGACUUGGGCGUUCUCUUGGAUUUCUACCCAAAAUGCCUCGCCUGAGGCUGGUCCACACAUUUCUGUGGUACCUGAUCUACGGGCACCCUGACAACAACUCGGUGGAAAAGUUUGUCCUCAGCAGUGAAAGGAGGAUGGGUAGGCUGAAGCCAGGCCACACAGGAGCCUCACUGUAUCCCAGCAAUGAGGCAGAAGCCCUUGGCAAUGAUCCACCUAAGGACCACCUGGACAGAGCUGCCCAGGAAGUGGAAAUGGAUCUGUCCUCAAACCGAGUGUAUGUGGAUGAAAUCUCGUGGACACGCUUCGUCCCUCCCAUCCCAAUCCACAGGGACUUUGGCUAUGGCUGGGCUCUCGUCAGCGACAUUCUCCUCUGCCUUCCACUCUCUAUCUUCGUACAGAUUGUGCAAGUCAGCUACAAGGUGGAUGGACUGGAGGAGUUCCUCGGUGACCCCGUGAAGAAGCAUACGCUGAUCCGCUCUUUGCCCAGGCCCGUACGACAGCAGCUUCUGUACAAAAGGCGCUACAUUUUCUCGGUCGUGGAGAAUUUUCAACGGCUGUGCUACAUGGGACUGCUACAGUUUGGACCCACUGAGAAGUUCCAGGAUAAAGACCAGGUCUUCAUCUACCUGAAGCGGAAUGCAACCAUCGUGGACACCACCACAUGUGACCCACACUACAACCUGGCACAAAGCAGCCGGCCCUUUGAGCGGCGCCUGUAUGUCCUGGACUCCAUGCAGGACGUGGAGAACUACUGGUUUGACCUGCAGUGCGUCUGCCUCAACACCCCACUAGGUGUGGUGCGGCACCCAAGAGCCCGGAAGAGCAGCAGCGUGGAGCAGGGCAGUGAUGAGGAAGGUCUGCAGAAGGAGCAGGAAAAUGCCAUUGACAAACACAACCUGGAGCGCAAGUGUGCCAUGCUGGUGUAUACAACGGGGAGCCGUGAGGUAGUGGAUGAAGGUGUGGUUCCAGGGGACGGCCUGGGGGCUGCGGGGCUGGACUCCAGUUUCUACGGGCAUCUGAAGCGCAACUGGAUCUGGACCAACUAUAUUAUUGGCAAGACCAAAAAGGAGGGCACCACUUCUGAGAAUGGGCUCAUGGUGAGGCUCCAGACCUUCCUGCCCAAGCGUCAGCUGCCUCUCACUGCUGGAGGUGCUGGCAGGCUGACACUUUGGGGCGAAGCGUGCACGGGGCUGGAGCUGUGCUCUGACAGGAAAGAGCAGCUUGAGAUUGACCGAGAGCCCACAGUAGACAGAAACCAGAGAGUCAGAGGCGGAAAAAGCCAGAAGCGGAAACGGUUGAAGAAGGAGCCAGCAAAGAAGGUCAAGAGGAAGAGGAAAGAGUUCCUAGAACAGAAAAGCAAACGAUUGCGCUACCACGAUGAGACUGACCAGAACGCACUGCUUCGGAUGACGCGGUUGCGGGUCACCUGGACCCUGCAAGAGGAUGGGCUGCUCAUCCUGUGCCGCAUUGCCAGCAACGUCCUCAACACCAAGGUGAAGGGCCCAUUUGUCACUUGGCAAGUUGUGCGGGACAUUUUGCACGCAAACUUGGAAGAGUCUUUGGAUAAAACGUCUCACUCCGUCGGGCGAAGGUCUCGCUACAUAGUCCGGAAUCCCCAGACUUACCUUAAUUACAAGGUUUGCCUCGCUGAGGUCUACCAGGACAAGGCCCUCAUCGGGGACUUCAUGAACCGCAAAUGUGAUUACGAUGACCCGAAGGUCUGUGCCAGUGAGUUCAAGGAGUUUGUGGAGAGGCUCAGGGAGAAAUUCAGCUCCGCUUUUCGGAACCCGAACCUCGAUGUUCCAGACACGCUUGAGGAGCUGUUUGGCAGAUACCGAGUCUUGAUGAUUGGGGAUAAAAAACAACAGGUCAGGAAAGAGGAUGAACUUAACAGCAUAGAUGACAUCCAUUUCCUGGUGCUCCAGAACCUGAUCCAGAGCACGCUGGCCCUCUCGGACAGCCAGAUGAAGUCAUUCCAGCCGUUUCAGACCUUCCAGCUGUUCCGCGAGUACAAGGACCAGGUACUGGUUCGCGCCUUUGUGGAGUGCCAGAAACGAGGCAUGGUCAACCGGCGCCGCAUUAACCAAAUGCUGGGCCCCAAGAAGAACCGUGCACUGCCCUUUGUGCCCAUGUCCUACCAGCUGUCACAGACCUACUUCCGGGUCUUCAGUUGGCGAUUCCCCAGUACUAUCUGCACAGAAUCGUUCCAGUUCCUUAACCGAAUCCUGUCAGUCAAUAAGUUGGACCAGCCCGACCACUUCUCCUUCAAGGACCAGGAUCCUGACGACAGUACCUCCAGUGAUCUGGUUCCAUUCUCGUUGGACGGCCCUGGGGGACACUGUGUGGCCGUCCUCACCCUCUUCUCGCUCGGCCUCGUGUCGGUGGACGUCAGGAUUCCUGAGCAGAUCGUGGUGGUGGACAGCUCCAUGGUGGAGAAUGAGGUCAUCAAGAGCCUGGGGAAGGAUGGGGUCCUGGAAGAGGACGAGGAUGAAGAGGAGGACUUGGAUGAAGGCUCAGGACCCAAGCGCCGGAGCAUCGAGGUGAAAGCCCGCCAGGCCUCCCACACCAACUACCUGCUGAUGAAGGGCUACUGCGCCCCUGGCAUUGUCAGCACCCGCAACCUCAACCCCAACGACAGCAUUGUAGUCAACUCCUGCCAGCUCAAGUUCCGGCCACGCCGCACCCCUGCACCUACCCGGCUCAGCCUGCCUGUUACUCCUCUAGAUUCACUCCUGGUGGGCACUGCCUGCCUUCCCUCCAUUUUCACCAGCCUGGUGCCCAACCAGGCCACCUAUAGCCAAGAGGAAUUUAUACAGCACCUGCUGCAAAACGGGUACAGUCCUGAGGACGUGGCAGCCGCCCUGGAGGUCCAGGAGGCCGUGGCGGCGGCUGGGUGCUUUGGAGUAGAUCGGGGUGAGCUGGGCCUACGCUUCUCUGCUCUGGAGCGGGCAGAGGGUGCACGCUCGCGGACUUUGGCUGACUAUGUGCAGGACCUGUUGGAGCACCACCAGUUGCUAGAAGUAGGAGGGAACACAGUCCGCCUGGUGACCUUAGCCUGCGCCCAGCCCUGGCUCCUGCACUCAGUGCAGCUCAGGGACCCAGAGGGCUUGGACAGACACCAGGAGGACACCCAGGCCAGCCCUGCUGAGGGGCUGCCCCCUGAAUCUGGCACCCCAAGCACUAAGCGGCCAGCCAGCCCUGAGACAGACAGUUUCCAGGAUCCUCCUGCUAAGAGGCCCACCCUGCAGGAUGUGCGAGAGGCCCUCUCUGAGCCUGAGACCUGGGCACCAUCUCUGCCUGUGGCUCCUGAAGACAUUGGGGUUGGGGGGCCUCCCCCAGUUGCAGAGCAAGAUGACCAAGAUGAUGUGGAGAUCCCCAGCUCCUCAAACCACGAGCUUCCUGAGGCUCUGAGCUGUCAGGCUGAGCUUCUGGAGGGCCCUGAAGACCCCAGAGGUCUGCUCGACAGUCUUGUACCUGGCAGCCUGGCCCAGUCGGUUCCUAAGAGGGACUGGGAGCAUGUGCGCUUCCUCAGCCGCCCGUGGCGCAUCGUGGAUGGGGGCCUGAACGCCGCUGUGUGCAAGGGCAUGAUGGAGUCUUUGCUAUACCACAUCAUGACUCGGCCUGGCAUCCCUGAGAGCUGCCUGCUGCAGCACUACCAGGAAGUCCUGCAGCCUGUGGCCGUUCUCGAGCUGCUCCAGGGCCUGGAGUCCCUUGGCUGCAUUAAGAAGCGCUUCCUUCGAAAGCCAGUGGCCGCCUCACUCUUCUCCACACCUGCCUUUGCGGAGGCUGAGGGACCACUUGACCCUGCUGAGCGCCCGUUGGUGUUCUACGAGCCCACGCUGGACUGUACCUUCCGCCUGGGCUGCAUCUUCCCACCCGACAUGAACUGGAACAAGUGGGUCCACUUGUGAGGUGCUGCGUUUUUUUUGCGUGUCCUGUUCGUGCCCCAGGCACAGGCUCCAGAUACCACAUCUGCCAGUCACUGAGGAGAAGGUCACCCUGGUCUGUUCUGCCACUGGGGCCUCCACCAGGCAACACCGGUCAGUGCUGUUUAGUAUGUCUCAUGUCCAGCCCCUGGACAGAGGCCAUCCUGCCUCUGGAAACAGCUUGGAAUUGGGGCCACCAGGUCUGGAUGCCAUUGGGGUCAGCUACUGGGUAGCCCCAGGAAGGACCAGAAAUGGCCUUGUCCUCAGCCAGGACUGGGCAUGUCCACCCCACCCCUUCCUGGUGCCCAGCAGACAUUGGAUCCUGAGGCGGGACUGAGCCCCCCCACCCCCCAAGAGAUGUCUGUGGACCCUUGUCAGCUGGAAGAUGGUGUCUGCUGGGGGUUGGUUUUGUUAUUUCAGUCUUUUUGCUCAUUUAAAAAAACUAGCCUGGUAUGUAUUUAUUUUGUUUGUUUUUUAAUUAAAGUGAGGUAAAAUGA